GUUUCAUGUUUUCUUCACAGCAACUGAAAUGGGGAUCUUCAUCCAAACUGUUGCUUUGUGCUGUCUGACACUGAAUGUCUUUGUAACAGGAAAAAAGCAUGAUCAACCAUUGGUGAACACAAAAUAUGGGAAACUACUUGGGGAUAGAGUGACGGUAAAGGGGACAGACAGAACAGUAGACACUUUUUAUGGAGUCCCUUUCGCAAAACCACCAGUUAGGGAAUUGAGAUUUGCUCGUCCAGAGCCCCCAGUACCUUGGGACUCCUACAGGGAUGCAACUAAAGACCCACCCAUGUGUUUACAAAACAUUUCGAUACUGGAACAUUUUAUGGAGCUUUCCAAGAUAAAAAUUGAGUUUCCCCCUGUUUCCGAAGACUGUCUAUAUCUGAACAUUUUCACUCCAGCAGACAGAGAAAAUAAUACUCCAUUACCAGUUAUGGUGUUUAUACAUGGCGGAGCUUUGGCACUAGGUGGAGCAAAUCUAUUUAAUGGAGCUGCACUGAGUGCUUACGAAGAUGUAGUGGUUGUAGUUAUACAGUACAGACUGGGAAUUACAGGAUUCUUUUGUUCUGGGUAUGAUGAAGCACCUGGGAACUUUGGGUUUUUGGAUCAAAUAGCAGCUCUUCAAUGGGUCCAGGAAAACAUUAAGGAUUUUGGAGGAAACCCACAGUCUGUCACCAUAUUUGGGAUAUCUGCCGGUGGUAUUAGUGUUUCUGCUCUGGUGUUAUCUCCAUUAUCCAAAGGCCUAUUCCAUAGAGCCAUUGCAGAGAGUGGGACUGCCUUAAUGCCCGGACUCAUGACCAGUAAACAUGAAGUUGUAAUUUUUCUCCGAAAUCUUAUUGCCAAUAUAUCUGGCUGUGAUCCUGUAUCAAUGGUGGCUUGCUUGAAAGAGAAAACUGAAGAAGAAAUUAUUACGAUAUUCGAUACCAUGAGACUACUGGGGUUACCUGGAUGUGUAGAUGGUGUAUUUCUUCCGAAACCUGCAGAAGAAAUUUUGGCAAAUAAGGAAAGCAACAAUGUUCCACUCAUAAUUGGCAAUACUAACCAGGAGUUUGGAUGGAUUAUGCCUCUGGGGAUGAACAUCAGUGGUUUAGAAGAAGGAUUGGAAAAAGACAAAGUUCAGUCACUCCUGAAAUCCAUUUCUAUGCUGGAAUUGAAUGAAGAAUCCAUCCCUUUGAUAAUGGAGGAAUAUUUUGGGGACACAAGUGAUCCUUUUGAAAUCCGAGACAGGUUCCUGGAUUUGUGUGGUGAUAUAGUGUUUGUUAUGCCAGCUCUCAAGACAGCAAAAUAUCACAGAGAUUCUGGAUUUCCAGUCUAUUAUUAUGAAUUUCAGCAUCGGCCAGCAAUCUAUAAGGAUAGAAAACCAGCAUAUGUUAAAUCAGAUCAUGGAGAUGAUGCAUCGUAUGUUAUGGGAAGCGCGUUCUUAACUCGUGACACCCUGUUCAACGUCCAUGCAACAGAGGAAGAAGAAAGGUUCAGCAAAACUAUUAUGAAAUAUUGGGCCAAUUUUGCUCGAAAUGGAGAUCCCAAUGGACCAGGUCUCGAAAAAUGGCCACGAUAUCACGAAAACGAAGCUUACAUGCAACUUGCCUUGGAGCAGAAACCUACAGAAAAGUAUAAACCAGACAGGUUUGUUUUCUGGACCAAAACUCUUCCAGAGACCAUUCGAAAAAUGUCAGAGGAACAAAGUGAAGAACGUGAAGAACUGUAGAUUUGUUUUUGAUCAGCUGUCACCCUUCUCCAUGGGAAAUUACAGAAAUCAUCAAGUCACUGCUAAGUAGUUCGAUUUCCAUUCAUCUUGCAUUUAACUCUACCACUGGCUCCCAAUUCAGUCCUCGAAGAUUCAGGAUUUAGGGAUUUGCCAGCUUUGCUGCUGUGGGGCCACUGACAAAACUUUGACCACUUCUAUCUUAGGUCUUAAGACAAGGUUGGACAAAAGUUGGUCUAUAACACACAUUCCUAAGCUUCCAAAUCUCUACAUAACAACCAUCCACCAUAAACCGGCCAGGUAGCAUAGGUAGCUAUGGACUUGAUAUCAUCUCAUUGUUAAGAAAAAUAUAGAAGGUUGGAGGACUUCUCUCCAACUGGACAAUCUGCAGGAAACCAACACAACAUUGCACUGAAUUGGAUUAUUACACACAUUGCAUUGGACAAGGAGAAAGAGAAAUAUGGUUACUUUUUCUCGCUUUCCACAUUCUAUGUUCUAAGACAGAGCGUAUAACAGUGAUAACAGGAAGUCAAGAUGGAGGCACCCAGUUCCAGGAUAAAUGGAUGGAUUCCUACCUUUCAUUUAAUCUUUAAGGCCUCACAAGCACGUAUUUGUUACAUAUAGGGUGUAAGUAAAUAUAACGUAAAAAGUAAUGCUAAGUGACUGU